GCUUAGCGUCGAGGGGCGGUGACAGGAGGCGGGGUGAGAAGAGGCGGGACGAAAAGCUGUGCGUAUGCACGCACUCCCUGCGUCUGUCCGACCUGGCUCGGCAUUACGCGCGGAGCGAGGGAGUGCGUGCGUGCGUGCGUGUGCGUGCGGUCCCGGUUCCCGCCAUCAGCCGCCGGCCCUGACGGGGGGCAGAGCGCGCCAGCUUCUCUGCACCCGGCGUCCCCUUUCCCCCCUCCCCCUCCCGCGUCCCAGCUCGGCUCCUCGAGGGGCUCCCGGAGCUGCCGCUGCAGCUGAGUUGAUGUCUUCGGGAGGACUGGAAUAGCUGCAGACUAUGGGUAGUUCCUCAAGAAGAGUUCUUUACCUAUGGCACAAGCAUCAAAAUAAAGACUAUUGGAAGUAAUGACACUUGGCGGACAUGCAUUGUUAUUUUGAGAGGAGUUAUAAACAGCUGAAUAGACAAAUAAUGGAAUCAGAUUGGUGGAAACACUAUUUCUUUUUGAACCUUUCAGGUGAAGUUGUGAUUUUCUUUUUAAUUUGGGUAGAAGCAAUUUAUUUUUAAAAAGUAUGACUCCUUUGAAGAUACAUGGUCCUAUCCGAGUACGGAGCAUUCAGACGGGGAUUACAAAAUGGAAAGAAGGAUCAUUUGAAAUUGUGGAAAAAGAAAAUAAAGUCAGCCUAGUGGUUCACUAUAAUGCUGGAGGAAUUCCAAGGACAUUUCAGCUAAGUCAUAAUAUAAAGAAUGUGGUUCUUCGACCUAAUGGAGCAAAACAAAGUCGUCUGAUUCUUACACUGCAGGAUAACAGCUAUUUGUCCAUUGACAAAGUACCAUGUAAGGAUGCAGAUGAAAUGAGGCUGUUUCUGGAUGCAGUCCAUCAAAACAGACUCCAUACAGCCAUGAAACCUUCCCAGGGGUCUGGUAGCUUUGGCGGAGUUCUCGGGAGCAGGACUACACAGAAGGAAGUCAACAGGCAGUACUCUUACAUAGAAAAUCAGACUUCUUCCAAAAAAGCAAGCUUGGAAUCCAAAGAUGAUACAUUUCGAAAAGUUCUUGGUAAUCCAGGCAGAGGAUCCACAAAGACCCCAACAGGAAGUAUCAUGAGUGGAACCCGCAUACAUACCUCUCUGUCUUCUACUUCAACACCUUUAAGAACAGGAUUAUUAGAAAAUCGGAGUGAGAAGAGAAAAAGAUUGCUCUCAUCAGGGUCAGAAAUGAAUGAAGAUUACCCCAAGGAAAAUGAUUCAUCCUCGAACAAUAAAGCUAUGACAGAUCCUUCAAGGAAGUAUUUAAACAACAGUAGAGAGAAACAGCUAAGCUUGAAACAGACAGAGGAGAAUAGAACAUCAGGACUUUUGCCCCUACAGUCAUCAUCCUUUUAUGGUAGUAGAGCAAUAUCAAAAGAUUACUCUCCUGGAAAUUCAAACCUAGACAGGAAUAAUGUUUCAAGCCAGACUCCCUCUGCCAAAAGGAGUUUGGGGUUUCUUUCCCAGCCAGCUCCUCUGUCUGUUAAAAAACUAAAGUCUAACCAGGAUUAUACUGGAUGGAAUAAACCAAGAGUGCCCCUUUCUACCCAUUCACAGCAACAAUUACAAGGCUUUUCAAAUUUGGGAAAUACUUGCUAUAUGAAUGCCAUUUUACAGUCCCUAUUUUCACUCCAGUCAUUUGCAAAUGAUUUGCUUAAGCAAGGUAUCCCGUGGAAAAAAAUACCACUUAAUGCACUUAUCAGACGUUUUGCCCACCUUCUUGCUAAGAAAGAUGUUUGUAAUUCAGAAACAAAAAAAGAUUUGCUGAAAAAGGUAAAAAAUGCCAUUUCAGCUACUGCAGAGAGAUUCUCUGGCUACAUGCAAAAUGAUGCACAUGAAUUUUUAAGUCAGUGUUUGGAUCAGCUAAAGGAAGACAUGGAAAAGUUAAAUAAAACUUGGAAGACUGAGCCUUUAUCUGGGGAAGAGAAUUCUCCAGGACGGACUUCAGAUGAUAUUGCAGCUACCAGGAUAUACACAUGUCCUGUUAUUACUAAUUUGGAGUUUGAGGUCCAGCAUUCUAUCAUAUGUAAAGUAUGUGGUGAAACUGUUCCCAAACGUGAACAAUUUAAUGACCUUUCCAUUGACCUUCCCCGAAGAAAGAAACCACUACCUCCUCGGUCAAUCCAAGAUUCUCUUGAUCUUUUCUUUAGGGCAGAAGAGCUUGAAUAUUCCUGUGAGAAGUGUGGUGGAAAGUCUGCUAUUGUCACACAUAAAUUCAACAGACUUCCCAGGGUCCUUAUUCUUCAUCUGAAACGAUACAGCUUCAAUGUGGCCCUCUCACUCAACAACAAGGUUGGACAGCAAGUCGUUAUUCCAAGAUAUUUAACUUUAUCAUCCCAUUGCACUGAAAACACAAAACCUCCCCUUACUUUGGGUUGGAGUGCACAUACAGCAAUUUCUCGGCCAUUAAAAGCAUCCCAAAUGGUGAAUUCCUGCACCAUCAGCACUUCUACCCCUUCAAGGAAAUAUACAUUCAAAUCUAAGAGUUCUUUAGGAUUCUCCAUUGAUUCAGACAGUGAGGAUGAGCUAUUAAAACGUUCUGUGGCCCUUGGCCAGAGACUUUUUGAAAUGCCAAGCAAGGAGCAACAAGAAGACCUGGAAAAAGGUUCAAAAAAAUGUAAAAUGGAAUCUGAUAAAUCAGAAUUGGGAAAUUCAGGAUUUGAUGGAAUGAGUGAAGAUGAACUUCUGGCAGCUGUCUUGGAGAUAAGUAAGAAAGAAGCCUCAUUGACUUUGGCUAAUGAAGAUGAUGAUAAACCUACCAGCAGUCCAGAUACAGGGUUUGCAGAGGAUGAUAUGCAAGAUAUGCCUGAAAAUCUGGAAUCUCUGGAGGCAGAAAAAUCAAAAGCCCCUAUUGAAGCUGGUCCUGCCAGUUUCACUGAGAUCACUAAAGAUUUUGAUGAGAAUAAAGAAAAUAAAACUCCAGAAGGGUCUCAGGGGGAAGUUGACUGGCUUCAACAGUAUGAUAUGGAGCGAGAGCGGGAAGAAGAAGAGCUCCAGCAGGCCCUUGCUCAGAGCCUCCAGGAGCAAGAGGCCCGAGAACAGAAAGAAGAUGAUGACCUCAAAAGAGCCACAGAAUUAAGUCUUCAAGAAUUUAAUAACUCCUUUCUGGAUGGAAUGGGUUCGGAUGAUGACUCUGGAAAUGAAGAUGUUUUUGAUAUGGAAUACACAGAAGCUGAAGCAGAGGAAUUGAAGAGAAAUGCUGAGACAGGAAAUCUUCCUCAUUCUUAUCGACUCAUCAGUGUUGUCAGCCAUAUUGGAAGUACAUCUUCUUCAGGCCAUUACAUUAGUGAUGUGUACGACAUUAAGAAGCAGACCUGGUUCACUUACAAUGACCUGGAGGUGUCUAAAAUCCAAGAGACCUCUGUUCAGAGUGAUAGAGACCGGAGUGGUUACAUCUUCUUUUAUAUGCACAAAGAUAUCUUUGAUGAGCUGCUGGAAACAGAAAAGGCCUCCCAGCUGCUUAGCAUGGAGGCCGGGCGGAUCACCCGGCCAGCACUGUGAGGAGCCCACUCCCAGGUGUGGGGACAUCUGUGUGUGCACACGACUGUCUCGUUUUUGUGUUUUUUCCACCUGAGAAUUCUGAACUUAGAACUGACACAGGAGUGACAAACAGCUCAGGGCCAAACCAAAACAUAGAAAGCUUCAAACCAGGGAAGUUCUUCAUGCAUGGAAAUCCUUGAACCUCACACCUGUAGCUGAUCAGCCUUCUCUCCAAGAGCAGAGUGGAGCUUUCUGUAGUUCCAGGAAUCUAGACACACACACACAUGUACGUACGUACGUACAUGCAUAAACAUUCACACACAGCUACAUACACACUCAUGCUCUGAUACGUACACCUGUGUGUACAUGUGUGUUUGUAUAUAUUGGACAGAAUGGAGCCUUAAAGAGUUGGAAUGAGCCACAAGACUUUGUUUGCUCGGAAUUCGUAGCAUAGUUGGUAUGGAGAAGAAAUGGAAGAAAGUGACAGGGGGAUUUUCAAGUUCAUUCAACUGGGAAACGGGUGAAGAAACCACCUGUAUCACUUGCCAUUUGCGUAUUUUUAUGCCCUUCAUGAGCAGUUUGAGCAAUAGUUUAUAACUUUGAGUGUAUGUUUCAUUAGUAAAGUUCACUGGAACCCCAACUUUCCACAAACACUAAUGAUAGUUCUUCCGGCUAAGGGGGAUGUUUUUGUCAUUUGAGAUGAAGCAUGUUUUGGUUAUUUAAUUAUCAUUAUUUCAUGGUUUUGUAACUCCUCUACAGUUUACAUGCAGUUCUAGGAAAUGAAAUGUUGGUGCUGAGGAAUGUGUUGUAACAUUUUCAUCAUCCUUCACAGUUUUUGCUCAUUGUAUGCUUUGUGCAUUUAAAAAAAAAAAAAAAGUUUUAAUUCACACAGUGUAUUCCUUUAUUCAGUCAGCAUUUGUUCUUGUUACUGGCUUCCUUUCAUUUAUUCCAAUAUCGUUCCCACUUGAGAUUAGACACCAACUAUUUCACGCUGCUUCUGGAGUUAGCCAAAGCAUCCUAUAAAAAUUGGGCAAAAAUUUUGCCCCAAAUGGGAUCCAUUGACAGAUAAUCUUUGAAAGGUUCCUCGUCUUUCUCAUCCCCAGAUAUCAAAAGGUGUUCUUUAUUCUGGACUACUUACCCUACCCCAAAUGUAAAAAUGAGUGUGCAUUGGGACAGGGCUUAAACAUUUAAAACCAUUUAGUCUCUUGAUGCAUUUCUAAGAAUAAUUGAAGUGAGGAUGAUUUAGGAGAGUCCCAGUCAACUGUAAAGUUUAGUGAAUUGACCUUAUCUGCUUGAGGUCGAGGAUAAAUAUGGUUGAAAAACUAAGCACUCUACAUUUCAGUAACUGCUCAAAUGACAUAAAGCAGAUUGGUUAAACAAUUUGAGAAACCAUAUAAAGGAUGAUUUUUUUUUUUUUUUUUGGUAGGUAAAAUUCUAUAACAACUAAUUUUGAGAGCUUGGCUCCAUCAUUAGAUUCCCAUGCAGCUUGGUGUCAUGAAGCAAAACUUGAUAUUUGUCUCAUUCCUUUAUUACAAAGAAAUGUGUUAAAAACUGUAGACUCUGAAUUUGGUCCACGUUACAGUUUUAAUACCUUAUGGAAAUAUGGAAAGUUUUUUUCUUAAAAACUACUUUCUCAUAUUGCAAGGCUGGUUGUCAUCAGUCUCUUGAGAAGGGAGCCAGCAAGGGAUAACUGUGGAUUUUUUUUUUAAACCACUAUUCAUAAACUUAAACUAAAUUAAUGAUGUUGGGAGGCUGGAUAUCUUUUCCUUUGAAGCAGCCUUCAGCAUUACAGACAUAGCUUUGUUCUGCAGUCUGUUCUGUAAGUGAAGCCUCUUCUUACCUGGAUUGUUUUGUAUUGUGACAACCACAAACAAGAAAUGCUUUUGACCCCUCUCUAUAUCACAUGCACUGCUGUAUCAUAAACUAUCAAUUUUGUAUUGUUGGCGAGAGAAAUCUAAGGGAAAAGCUUAUUUUAAUAUAGGUUUUGUUUUGUUUUGCAACAUUUCCAACAAAAAAACCUUUAAGAAAAAUAAAGGUAAAACAAGUCUUACAGUAAAUGAGUUAACUGAUUGUAGCAUUCCUCUACUCUCCUUCCCCAUCCCCAGUCCCUUUGAGUGCAGCACUAAAAGUAAACCUGAAUGAAUUUAAAGACAAUUCACAGGGAAUGGUUACAUUUGGAGUCAGAAAAGUGGGAAUACAGAAAGUUGUCACAGGAGCAAAAAGGAAGCUCUCCAGGUGGGCUCCUGAAAAAUUAGUCUAAAUUGAGUUACUGUAAUUGGAAGCAUGAUUUGAUAGGGUCUUCUCCCUCAUUCUUAGUAUGUUGGAGCUCUUUCUCUCAUAUUGAACAUAUUGACUGUUCUACUAUUGUUAGAUCUUAGCACCUGGGGGCUUCACUUCUGACAGACAUGUCCCAUUUAAGUGGCUUCAUUAAUUCUCCUUUCUCUGUUUUACUCUUCCACUACAGAGUCCCUUCUCAGUUUAGCUUAAUGUGGAAAUCCUGACUACAAAUUGGAAUUUCAGCUUGAUUUUGUUGAUAAAGAUAAUAGCAGGGGAGGGGUUAUUCCUGGUUGCAGUGGCUUUAUAUAUUUUAAAAUUUUGUGUGUGUGUGUACGUAUGUGUAUGUGUGUGUGUGUGUGUGUAUACACACACAUAUAUAUGUAUAUAUAUAUAUUUUUUUUUUUCUUUUGCACAGCAUGGCCAGUUCAGAUUUGUGGUGUGAGUGUUUGAUGAGUGGAAGGAGAAAGGGUCCUGUUAUUCUGUAGAAAAAUAUCUACUGCAAAUCCUAAGCAUUUUGUGACCAUCAGUUAUAUAUAUAGUGUUGGAACUAAUAUAGCAUAUUAGUUCUGUAUACAACCAGUAUGAUGAGUUUGGGAUUUUUUUUUUAAAGGAAAACUAAACCAAACAAAAUUUAUAUUGGUCCUUAUCACCUAGUAUUUUGGGAUGUGGGAGAAUCAUCAUAGCAGUUAUAAAUAGAAUUUCAGCCUGCUGGAAGAUAGACUGUGUAUCUUUCUGUCUCUGUCCAUCUGUCCCAACAAGGCAGUAUAACAAAUUACACAUUUUCCUUCUAAUUUCCUUAGAUUUUGAAAAAAAAUUUUUACUGAAAAGAUUUUGCCUUAAUUACAGGCUCUGUCAGUGAUCAAGUGUCAUAAAUAACUAUUCAAGUGUCAUAAAUAUCUCAUGAAAUGUACUCAUUUGUCCAGAAAGCAACCCCUAGCCAUGUUUAUUUACCAAUACCUUUUAUCAAAGGUUCCUAAAAACAAGCUUUAAAACUUAAAGCAUGGCAGAGGGUUAAUUGGCUGAUUAUUGUCCUCCCCUGCUGGUAGCAUUAUAUAGCUAUUGACAUAUAGCUAUAUACACAUAUAGCUAUACAUAGAUAGAUGUAUAAUGUAGGCUGUCUAAAAAUGCAUGUUUGUGAAAGAAAAAUUGGCAAUUUUUCAAAUAACUCAGUUGCUGGUUGUGGCAUAUGUGGGUGGGGAGGGACAUUUUUUAAAAAGAUAGAAUAUAGCAAAUAAACUUUACUCACCUUACCCAUAAGAGAAUUAGUCCAAAUGGGCUGUGUUUAAAUAAAUAAAACUAUUUAUCUUUGUCGUUUCCUCACCUUUGUCCCCUUGAAAUACCUGCCCUGAAGAAUAUUGGUUUAUAUUACUUUUAAUCUUUCUCUAUUUCAUAUAAAUAAAAACUUUAAUGUGGA